ACAUCAGCAACAACUAAUACUCAAUAACAGCUUAUCUGCCUUUUUUUAGUGAAAUUGUUUUUCUAUAAGGUUCAAAUUGGUCUAUGCACACGUGCAGAUGCUUCGGUACCAUAGAGGACUAAAAUGAAAGGAAAACUGUUGAGGCUUUCAUGGAAUAAACAGUUUUAUAAAAUAUUUAUAAAAUAUUACCGUCCUGUGAGAGGUGCAUUGUUCAUAUAUGAUUAGUGAUACUUUGCAUGACUUGAGUUACCAGCACUGCUGACUUUUAUUUUCUUUUCUUUAUUCUUUCAAUGAGUGCUUCCUAAAGCAGCCAAUUUGCCUGUUGCGUUUCUUGUUGGAGGAGUCAUUUACCCUCUCAGCAGAAGUAUUUGUGCUGCCUAAAAGAAACCGGUUGCUAAUACAGGAUGGCAAGCUUCAGUGAAAAGUGGGAAUCUGUCUUGUCUUCUACCAUGCCAUCGUCUGCCUGUGCAGUUGAUGAGUCAAGUGAGAGUUUAUACCUCUAAUGGUCAAAAAAAAGAUCUUGGAUCAGAAGACACAAAAGGGUCAACCCAUGAAGAAACCCUGCAUAAGGCUGGAACAGGACAAGAUGCAACCAAUGCAGGCCAAAAGCCGUCUGUCCUUAAAGAGCCAAUCCAAGUAAAAGUGAAAGCAGUCCUUAAAAAAAGAGAGUAUGGACCAAAAUAUACAAAGAAUAACUUCAUCACUGGAGUAAGAGCAAUAAAUGAGUUUUGUCUUAAAUCCAGUGAUUUAGACCAGCUGAGGAAAAUUAAACGACGAAGCCCCCAUGAUGAUACUGAGACUUUCACUGUAUACCUGAGAUCGGAUGUAGAGGCAAAGUCUCUUGAAGUUUGGGGUAGUCCAGAGGCUCUUGCUAGAGAAAGAAAACGACGUAAAGAAGCAGAGAUCAAAUACAGAGAAAAAAUAUUUCGAAACCAAAGGCUGUUGUGGGAAUACAAGGAGUUCUUUGGAAAUACUAAGCCACGCUCCAGUGCAGCAGCUAUGUUUUUCAAGGGACCAGGGAAGGUGGUAAUGGUAGCUAUUUGCAUAAAUGGGUUGAAUUUUUUCUUUAAGCUACUUGCUUGGGUUUACACGGGUUCUGCAAGUAUGUUUUCAGAAGCCAUACAUUCUUUAGCAGACACAUGUAACCAGGCAUUGCUAGCUUUGGGCAUCAGUCAGUCUGCAAGGACACCUGACCCUAGUCAUCCGUAUGGUUUCACAAACAUGCGCUAUAUUGCCUCCCUGAUUAGUGGAGUGGGCAUUUUCAUGAUGGGUGCAGGACUGUCUUGGUAUCAUGGGAUCAUAGGUUUACUCCACCCUCACCCUAUAGAAUCUCUUCUCUGGGCAUACUGCAUUUUAGCAGGGUCGUUGGUAUCUGAAGGAGCUACCCUUCUUGUUGCUAUAAAUGAAAUUCGCAGGAGUGCUCGAGCCAAGGGUCUGUCAUUUUAUCAAUAUGUUGUAAAGAGUCAUGAUCCUAGUACAAAUGUGGUGUUACUGGAGGAUGCUGCGGCAGUUCUGAGUGUGGCCAUAGCUGCUACCUGUAUGGGUCUGACUUCUUUAACAGGAAACCCUUAUUAUGACAGUGUGGGGUCUCUAGGUGUUGGAACCUUGUUAGGAAGUGUGUCAGCAUUUCUCAUCUACACUAACACUGAAGCCCUGCUAGGACGAUCCAUUCAACCUGAACAACUGCAGCGACUCACUGAGUUACUGGAAAGUGAUGCUGUAGUAAGAGCAAUUCAUGAUGUUAAAGCCACAGACCUGGGAAUGAGCAAAGUGAGGUUCAAGGCAGAAGUAGACUUUGAUGGACGGGUUGUUACUCGUUCUUACCUGGAAAAACAAGACAUUGAGCAGCUGCUACAAGAAAUUCAACAAGUGAAAAACCUUGAAGAAUUGGAAGCCUUCAUGCUUAAGCAUGGUGAAAAUAUCAUUGACACACUGGGAGCUGAGGUAGACAGACUUGAGAAGGACCUAAAGCAACGAAAUCCUGAUGUUCGUCAUGUGGAUUUGGAAAUACUAUAGAUAUGGCAGAAGAAAUCUUCAGGUUGCUACCAUUUUGGAAAGAAGUCAUGUAAAGGGCUGAAAAGCUUCUGAAAUUGCAGUGACCUCAGCACCAUAUCUUGCUUACUUUUGCUGUAGGCUUCCUGGACUGUUAGCACUGCUUCUGUUUCUGAAAGAGCACUAAACUCGCAGACAAAAAUUUCCAUGGCAAAAUCAAUUUAAAAAAAGCUACUUGACUUAAAUUCCACGGGAGAGUCUGUCAGAGUAUAUUUACUGCAACUCAGAACUUAAGACUUGAGGUUUAGUUAGACAAAUAUAGCUGCCUGAAUAUACACAACACACUUAGUUUUUCCAUUUGCGUCCCUUUGCAGUCAGUUUGCACUUCUUUAGUUUCUUUCAAGAUAUCAUUAAAGGUUCUUGGGAGAUAUUAAGAUUAGCUAGGAAGAGUUCGUUCCAGUGGAACCUGCCAACCUUAAACUAAUUGUAACAUUUCAACUGUGUGAUUGUUUCACAGUUUUUCUUUUCUAUAAGAGAAAUUCUUUCAAACAGGUGCUGGCCUUCUGACAAGUACCGUGACCUGGAAACCUGCUUUUUCCCACUCUUGUGAUUACUAGCUGCACUUCAGAAAAAUAAGAUUUUUCUUCUCAGUGGAGUCAGCUGUAUGUGGUUAUCCAGAGUAUGUUAAGUUACUGUGAAGAAAUUACUGUGUAGAGAUUUUGGUGAACUUCCUCUGUUUAAAUUUUGUUGUUUCCUCCCCCCCUACUUUGACACUUGUUCUCUUAUUUGUAAGUAUCUUCAGAUGUGAUCUGGGAGAUAUACAUGGUAGUGCUUAUUAAACGUUACCUGGCAUUUUUUGUUUUCUUAUAGGCUGUAUUGCCAGAUAUGGUUUUUGAUAGAAGGUGUGAGAGAUGUAAUUGGAAGUUACAGUAGUAAAAAAUGUAUUAGAAUUAUUUAUAAUUAAACAAAUUAAUACAUUGUAUUUUUAAUUUAUUUACCUCUAGACUUAAUCUGAAUUCUAAAUUGCUUACUUUGUGGGUUUUUUUUUUUUUUUAAGAAUUGGCCUUGCUUAUUUGGGAAAGUAAAGUAAAUCUAUCGGUAGUUCUCAGCAAUCCUGAGAUAAAUACUUAGAAUUUAUAACUUUGAAAUGUGCAAUUCUAGCAUUGUAUAUAAUAAGCCUCAAGGCUUUCAGCAGUAGGCACCCAAGUUGUACCAGAUUCUUUGAUUUGAGACCCAGUCUUUAUUACUAAGGCCAUGAGUACUUAUCAUACAAGUUGAAAUAUAAGUGAAGUAACUGCAUAUAAAUAACUCUGAAGAAAAUUCUUUAUGCACUUUAACAUAUUUCAGUAAAAUGAGAAUUGCUCAUGGGUGAGAGGUUAAUAAGAACCUCCUACUGACUCAGUUACUGAGUAAUGACUGACUUGCUGAAAGCAGAAAUGUUGAUAUGAAACACAAAUCUUCAAAAAUCAAUUAAGAUUAAAUUAUAAGCAUUGCAGCAUGUAGCGAUUGUGGAGCCCAAUACAUCCAGAUUUGGCUAAAAGCUUUUGAAAAUGUUUAUUGUUUUGUUAUUUUUUUUUCAUACUAAGUCUCACCAGCGAACUAAGAGAAUUUAAAGUAGCAUACCUUUUGACAACUGCAAAACAUUCCAGAGUUUAGUUACAGAUGGGACUUCGCAUACAGUAAUUGUGGGUCUCUUUAGUACCCUCGUCCAUAAUCCCUGUUCACCAGUGGCUUCUUUAUAGCAUAUUAGCUAUAUUAUUAUGGGUAAUCCAAAAGAAAGCUUCCUUUAUCUGGUUUUGUCCUAUUGUAAAACUACUUAGUAUAUUUAAGCCUGAUGAUUUGAAAUGCAGUUUAAAGGAAAUUUGGAAGUGUACUAUACCAAGUAAGUAAGACAUCCUUUAGCACAUUAUAAAUCAUCUACCUUUCUCCUCACCCUUCCGCAUAAACUUCAUCUCAGUAUGCACUCUGCUGAUGUUAGUCUUCUUCAUGAAGACCACUGGAAUCUGAUAAUGCAUAAUCUCUUUCCUUGUUCCUAGAAUAUUUAUAUGGAUUUUGAAUUUGAAUAAACAGUUUAAGAUUUCUGGAAUAAUGGGUUUAUUAAAACUGGGAAAAUGCUCUUACUAUGGAGGUCAGUGGAGACAGCCAAUGUGAUCUAAGUGGUUUGUAUGCUGGAGUUACUGAUGAUUGAGUAGUGUUAGUGUGCACUUCGCAGGCAGAAAUUUCACUGAAAGGUUAGUAAAUGUUACCUCACUACUGAAGUGUUCCCAUAUCUUGUUUAGGAGAAGGCACGAGUUUAUAUUCUUACAGGGCACCUGCUCCAGAAGCCCAUAAUAAUGUUUUCUUGUUCAUCAGAGAUGUACUUUGUAUGAAUUCUGAUCUUAAUCUCCUUAUCGGAGUCAGAAGUACACCCAUCCACAUACCUUUUGUAUGUAUUCCAAGAUAAUAUUCAGAUCCUUGUCUCCCAGUUGUGUUACUGAUUAUAGCAUAACAAUAUGUUAAAUUUAAGAAGCCAGAGCUUGAAUGUUUUUGGGUACAUAACAGUUGCAUAGUUGGAGGACCCACUUCCAUUUUUUAGAAAUGACCUGAAUGGUGAUGUACCACAAAAAUCUGGGCAGUCUGGUUUUGGCAGUACCUCCUAAGUUUACAUGUCUUGCAGUUGAAUGAAAAUAUUGAUUCAUUGAGCCUGUCAGUUUGGAAAGGAAAAGGAAUUCUAAGCUGUUACAUUUUAAUAUAGAGAUUGUUUUUAAGAGGUUUGACAUUUUUACUGCUUUUUUUUCUUAGUUAUCUUUAUGGUCUAAAACUUGAAGUGAUAUGGGUCCAGUACUUAGUUUGCUUUUGUUCUGGUGAUUUUGGGAAAACUGUUUAGCUACUACACUUCCAUGAUAGAAUCCUCAGAAUUAAAGAAAAUUUACAAAGUGUGGAGGAGUGGAUUUUUUUUUUCUUUUGUCACAAAUGCAAUGACAUAAUGCUUCUUUUUGUUUUAAGGAAAAGAAGUGAGGAUUUAGCGAACAAAGUUAUGUUCUAGGAUUUUUUUCAAUUAAGGUGUUGCCUUUUAAAAUCUAGUUUUGUAGGCUGGCCUUGCAGGUUCUGUUUUUUCAGAUUGUGUUCAAAGUACAGCUGCCCUCUCCUUUGUGAAAAGUUGCUUAUGCAUUGUAGAAUGUUUCUUAAUUCCAUAAAACUUGCAGUGUUCGAAAAAAUUGUCUUAAUGUUCCAAUAUACUGGGUGAUCUUAAUGUAUUUGAAGUCAGAGUUGGCUGGACACCAAUAAUAUGCAUUUUCCUGUAGAAUUUGUUUUUCUAUAAAAGAUAAAAUUGUGAAGUGAUUCUCUUCCCCAAGAAUCAAUUUCGAGUCUAAACUGUCUCCUUUAUACACUGUGGAAUUAAGUAUUUGAGUGGUCCCCCUCUAUCCCUCCAUUUUCUAAAGCAUUUAUUAAGCAUAUUGUAGUAGUAAAUAUUUUGGUGGACUACUGUAUUACAAAGACUGUUUGCUAUGUGUUCUGGUUGAGAAGUAGCAGGGACUCGGGGAACAGGAGAACAUAUCUUUUAAGGACAAGUUGCAUUCUUUAUCCUCUGUGACUCAUACUCAAGCUGAAGAGUUUAUAGCCUUUGCUUUUCUCCAUUGAAUUCCCUCACAGGUUUUAUUCCUUUUUUUUUUUUUUUUUUUUACCAAUUUUUGGGGUGGAAGCCAUUAUGAGCAUCUUACGUGUUUAAUAGCAAGGCUAGAUGCUACUUUGGUCUCUGUACUUUAUCAAUGAACAAGAAGUACAGUACAGUUGACAAUAAUGAUAGCUGAUCUGUUUUGAAAGCUACAAACUACGUAAGCCAAAACUACCUAAGUUUUCUGAUUCUGGCAGGUGCGGUUUUUUCAGCUGUAUCUGGAGACUCAGUUUUUAUUGAGAGAUUUUUACUGGCCCCUCUGAUAGGAGGGAGUAUGGAGAAGAGUUUUAGGUAUGUUUUGUCUAGGUAAUACACUGAAAUUCUGUGUUCUUAUUAUCAUUUCAGCUGAUUUAUUUUUUUCUGUAACAAAGAAAAAAUUAUGCAUUAUGGAAGUACGUCUGCUAAUGAGUGCAUCAAAUACAGGCUUCCUGCAAAGAGUUUUUAGGCUUUUGUGUAUUUAAAGCAUGGCUAUUUUUGAAAAUUCUUAAUUAAGUAAUCCUUUUUCUAAAGUUGAUGUAGAUGUGUUUCCUACAAAAGAAUCCACAGAAGCAUAUUGUUUAACAUUUGAAAGAAAAGUAUUUCAGUUUAUGUUCAUAUGUUCUUAAGGCGUUUUGGCUUGGUGCAGUAGAACGAUUGACUGACUCCUGUACAAAACCUGAACUUCUGUGCAUGCCUAAAGGCCUACAUUGCAGAAGUGAAUAUAAAAUUACAAUGUGCUGCUUCUAUUCUUAUUGUUAACUCUGAAUAGAGAGUACAACUAACAUCUCUUUUGCAGUUUACCUGCUUAAUGUAAAUGAGAAGUUGAGGUGUGCCAAAAAGAUUUUUUGUUUUGUAGAGGGGUUGCAUAGCUUAAAGGAGUAAUUUUUCUGUUUCUGCUUAGUGAGACACAAAUAAUUAAGAUCAAAGUAGACUAUACCUUUAUUACAUAUAAAAAGAAAUAGGAAUCCAGGUUUUAAAGCACAAUAGUCAAGAUUUUGAAAUGCAUGUCCUUUGAGAAAAAUAAAAUGUGCCAGAAGCUGUAAGUGGUUGUAUGGCCUAUAGAAGCUGCAAUCAAUCAGGCUUUGCUGAAGCAAAAGAAAAGAAACUAUCACAAAGUGUGUGGUAAAAAGAAUACAUACAAGGAAGGAAAAAAACUAUGGUGUUGAGCACUUGGGAACAGGAAAAGAUGAACACAAUCUAAAAAAUGUGGCCAGCAAUAAGAAAUGAUGAUUGGAGAACAGCAAAAAAAAAAAAAGAACAGUAAGAAAUUAUAUUUGAUUAGGAUGCAUAAAACUGUGUAGUAUAACAUUCUUUUUUUUUUUUUUUUUUUUUUUUUUUCUCCACCCUGCAAUGGAAAUCAGUGUCUCUGUUUAACUGUUUCCUCAUACAGUAUUUAGUCUUGCAGGUAUAAGCCCAUUUGCCCUCUGAAAACUUAGUCUUAUUGCUCAAGGUGAUAGUGUAAUCUGAGUCUGGAGCUUCGGUGAGGUAUGUAUUUGGUGAGAGGAGGGUGAGUAAUUUCAAUUAUGGAAACAGGAGGAAGAGUGAAUUAAAGAGAAAAUGAAUUGAUUCUUUCAGCCAGAAAAUGAUUGGAGCACCAUACUGAAGGUGUUACGGGGCAAAAAAAAAAGGUGUGGUAUUUUAAGGUCUGUGGAAUUCUUGCAUUGGUAAAUAUGUUGGUCCGUAUUUUUCAAGUUGCUUAAAUGUCUGUGCAUAAGCAAGAUUUCUAGUUAAAGCAUCACAUUCUGAAAGGGAGUUAAAGAUGACAUUCAGAAUGUAAUGUGAAGAGGAUGCACACUUUUUAAAUAACACAGAAGAUAUGAUAACAGAUUAUAGUAGGUAGGCAGAAAAUUGUCGUUCCAGCCUAUAUUACACGAGACUUUUGAGGGCAAUUUCCUUUUUCUCUGUAAAUCAAAGCCACCAUUUAAAAUAAAAGGUCUUGGUUGGUUUUUUUAAGUAUUACACUAACAGUAAGCGUGGUCAAAUUUUUGUGUUGUCAGCAUUUAUAGCGCUGUUACGGGGAGAGGUAUCUGUUAAAAUAGUGGAAUAUAGCUCCACACUCUCGGAUACAUUUGAUUUUUGUAACCUAAAUUUAGACUGUAUUUAAAAUUCUCCAGGUUGUGAUCGAUCAGCUGCUUCGAAUCUGAAGACAGGACAAAAAAAAAUUGCAAUGUUGUGUAAAUGUUGUAAUAUAAAGGUUUUUUUGUAACUUUCUCUUCCAAUUAAAGGUGCUGAAAAACUAUGUGA